GGGCGCGCGUGCCGACGGCGGGACCACCGGGAGCCGCCACUCGCCAGGCAGGAGACGCGCGAUCAGCCGGUCGCAGCGUCGCCCCACGCUCGCAGCCGGCCCGGACCGGCAUGUGCUAGUGCGGCGAACGGACAGCCCGAACUUCAGCAUGGGAGGCGUUCGGUUACCCUCCCUCGCGCUGGGAGUGUCCGCACUGUUCGCGCUGCUCUGCUCAACAACACUCGCUGACCCGCAGGUCGAUUACUCGCGGCCAGCGCCGGUGGACGGCCGGGGCGACAACUUCGGCUAUGGCUUCUACCAGACCCGCGACGGCCAGACGGACGUAGAGCCACGGCCGCCGGGCGCCGCGCAGAAGUGUGGCGCCGGCGGCUGCGGCGCCGGUGGCUGCAAAUGCGUCGGCGAAAAGGGCAGCAGGGGCGCCCCUGGCUCCCAGGGACCGGCUGGCGUCAAAGGCCAGCAGGGCUUCCCCGGCAUGGAGGGCCUGCCCGGACCGAAGGGCCUGAAGGGCGACGGCGGUCCGCAGGGGCCCAGAGGCCUGGUCGGAGACCGGGGCAAGAUGGGCAUGCCGGGCUUCCCCGGCAUCAACGGUAUCCCGGGCCUGCCGGGUCCCGCCGGACCGCGCGGGUUCCCCGGACUGGACGGCUGCAACGGCACUGACGGAUCUCCCGGCGCACCGGGCACCGCCGGCCCGAUCGGCCCGCCCGGCUUCCCUGGUAUACCGGGCACCAAAGGUGAGCCGCGUCCCCUAGCCGGUCACAGGGCACCGGGUCACCGAACCACAUCCGAGUCGGCGCCGACGAGUGCCCCCAGGGCGAGUACGGUGGCCAAGGGCCUCCGGACCUGGACUCCGUCCCUGACCGCACUGUGUCCCCAGGGCGAGUACGGUGACCAAGGGCCGCCUGGUCCGGAUGGUGUGGACGGCUUGGCGGGCCGGCCCGGCCUGGACGCCGACCGCAGCCUCCUGCCGCAGCUAGUCGGAGACAAGGGCUUAGAGGGCUUCCGCGGUCAGAUCGGAGAGGAGGGCGACGAGGGCCUAGUCGGCGAGCCCGGCGACUCCAACCUGCCCGUGCGCAUCGGCGAAACGGGCGAGGACGGCGACGUCGGCCGGCCUGGUUUGCCGGGGCUGAAGGGUCAGCCAGGGUUCGCCGGCGACCCAGGCGUGCCCGGCCUGCGCGGCCUGCCCGGCUUCCCUGGCCGAUCCCUGCGCGGCGCGGACGGCCUCAAGGGCUACCCGGGCCUCAGUGGCGACGCGGGUCCGACCGGCGCCCCGGGCCGCCCCGGCGCGCCCGGCCGCCAGGGCCUCGACGGCCUGCCGGGUCGCAAGGGCGAGCAGGGCGAAGACGGCCGACCGAUCCUGCCGGGCUCACCCGGUUUCAAUGGAGCGCCCGGAGAGCCGGGCGGGCCGGGCUUGGACGGCCUGGACGGGCCGCCGGGACCGGUGGGGCCGCGUGGCCCGCCUGGCGUCCUCGGAGAGAAGGGAGCGCCAGGCUUCUCCGGACGACCCGGCCGCCGGGGGGCGCGAGGGCCGCCGGGUGACUCCAUCCCCGGCCGGCCCGGUCUGCCAGGCUUCACGGGCCAGCGGGGUCUGCCCGGCCUCUUCGGCUUCCCCGGCCUGAAGGGCGCGGACGGCCUGCCCGGCGGAGUGGGCCUGCCCGGCCUGCCCGGCGAGGACGGCCUGCCCGGCCUGCGCGGUCUCGACGGAGACCCGGGACGGUUCGGACUGCCCGGCCGGCAGGGCGGGCCCGGCCGGCCCGGCCAGGAGGGGCCCAAGGGGGACAGAGGCGACGACAUUCUGCAGCCAGGCCCGGCCGGCCCGAAGGGCUUCUCGGGCCGCCCCGGCUUCCCGGGACCUCCGGGUGACCAGGGCGACGAGGGCCUGCAGGGUGCGCCUGGCCUAGACGGCCUGCCGGGCGAGCCAGGCCGCGACGGCGACCUCGGCCCGACCGGGCUGCGCGGCCCGCCGGGCGACGACUCGCCGCGCGGCGCUCCCGGCGACGCGGGCGCGCCGGGCUUGGACGGCCUGCCCGGCCGGCCGGGCUUCACCGGGCCCGUCGGUGACCCGGGCCCGAAGGGCGCGCGCGGGGACGGCGUCGAGGGCCAGCCGGGCCUGCCUGGCCAGAGGGGAGAACCUGGCAGGCCGGGCACCUUCGGGCAGACCGGGUUCAAGGGUGCGGCGGGCGACAACGGCCUGCCAGGGCCGAGGGGCGACCAGGGCGACGACGGGUUCGCCGGGCAGCCCGGCCGCCAGGGCCAGCCGGGCCUGCCCGGAGUGCGCGGCGAGCCGGGAGACGCCGGCCCGCCUGGACCGGAAGCGCCCGCCGGCCCGCCGGGCAUGAGCGGCGACCCGGGACGCAUGGGUGCCAUGGGCAUGCCUGGUAACAUCGGACCGGCUGGCGCGACAGGCCUUCCCGGCGCGCGGGGCCGGCCGGGCCCCAGCGGCGACGAGGGGCCCGCGGGCUUCCCCGGCGCCCCCGGCGAGAUCGGCGACGAGGGGCCGCAGGGCCGCACCGGCGCCAGCGGCCGCGCCGGCGGCCCGGGCUUCGCAGGGCCGAAGGGCUCGCGAGGCCCGAUCGGCGCACCGGGAGAGGCGGGCGCCGAGGGCGGCGCCGGACGCCCCGGCGGGCCCGGCGCCGCCGGAGACCCGGGCCCGGCCGGCCGGCGCGGCGCCAUCGUGCCCGGGGCGCGCGGCGAGCAGGGCCGGCCCGGCCGCGACGGUCUGCCCGGCUUGCUCGGCUUCGAGGGCCAGAAGGGUGCCCCCGGCGAUUACGGCGAGCAGGGCCCAGCCGGCCCGCAGGGCGAGCGCGGCGGCACGGUCGGCGGCGGCAAGGGCGAGCGCGGCAGCGACGGCCUGCCCGGCGCCAGGGGCCGGCCCGGCCUAGACGGCCUGCCCGGUGAUCAGGGCCCGGCCGGAACUCCCGGACAACCAGGCGAGGCCGGCGAUGACGGCUUCUCGGGCUUCCCAGGACUAGCGGGUGAGCGGGGCGACAGCGGCGGACCGGGCUUGCCCGGCCUGCCCGGUCGGCCUGGCCUCAAGGGCGAGAGCGGCGUGCCGGGCCUGCCGGGCUUCGACGGUCGGCCGGGCUCGCGCGGCCUGGACGGCCUGCCCGGCCCAGCGGGCCAGGCCGGCUUCCCCGGCUUGCCCGGCCUCAAGGGAUUCCCCGGAGACCUAGCCGCAUUCGGUCUGAAGGGCGGCCGCGGCGAUCCAGGCCCGGACGGCCCGCCGGGUCGGCCGGGCGCGCGCGGUCGCAUGGGCAAGCCGGGCCCCGACGGCCUGCCGGGCCUGCAGGGCGACGAGGGCCGCAGCGGCAGGGCCGGCCGGCCCGGCGCCGCCGGCUUCAAGGGCAUGGUGGGCGUGCCGGGCCGCGACGGCAACCCGGGCGUGUCGGGCCCAGUCGGCCGGGUCGGCGCCCCCGGCGAGCCGGCAUCGGCGGGCCCGCCGCCGCGGCCGCGUGGCUUCCACUUCACCCGCCACAGCCAGACGGCGUCGCUGCCGCAGUGUCCGCCCGGCUCGGUACGCCUCUGGGACGGCUUCUCGCUGCUGCACGUCACCGGCAACUCCAAGGCCCACGGCGCCGACCUCGGCACCCCAGGGUCCUGCAUGCGCAAAUUCUCCACCAUGCCGUACCUGUUCUGCAACAUCAACAACCAGUGCGAGUACGCUCAGCGCAACGACUACAGCUACUGGCUGAGCACGCCGGAGCCGAUGCCCAUGAUGAUGACACCGAUCCGGGGGAACGAAAUCCAGCCGUACAUCUCGAGGUGUUCGGUGUGCGAGUCAGACACCCUGGUGAUAGCCAUCCACAGCCAGAGCAUGGACGUGCCGGAGUGUCCGCGGAACUGGGAGAGCAUAUGGAUCGGCUACUCCUUCCUCAUGCACACGGAUGCGGGCGCCGAAGGCGGUGGCCAGUCGCUCGUCUCUCCCGGCUCCUGCCUGGAGGACUUCCGACCCACGCCCUUCAUCGAAUGCCACGGCCACGGUCGCUGCAACUACUUCACCACCGCCUUCUCCUACUGGCUGGCCACCAUCGAGGAGCCAAUGCAGUUCCGGAAGCCCGAGCAGCAGACGCUGAAGGCGGGCAGCCUGCGCACGCGCGUCUCGCGCUGCGCCGUCUGCCGCCGGCGGAAGGACAGCGCUCGGCGGCCAUCGUUCGAGAGGGCGCCCUUCGAGAGGCCGUCGCUCGAGAGGGCGCCGUUCCAGAGGGCGCCGUUCGAGAGGCCGCCGUUCGAGCGGCCCGAGGCGCAGUAGCGGCGCCGACCGGGCCGCGGCGCCAACGCUCUGCCCGCCGCGCCCACCGCUUUGUGUGGCUUCAGCUUCUUGUGAUAUAUUCCGAGUGCGGAGUGCGACGCGCCGGCCGGCGGCGAGCAGUCUCCCGUGGAGCGCGCUGGGUGGACGCGGCGUGGAAGAGCGCGUGGAAGAGCGCGUGGGCGUAACCAUCAUUCGGAUCCGUGGGGUCCCGCCCUUACAACCUGGGCAGAUCUUCAUGACAUGCUGCGUCUCGCUCGUACAAAAUAGCCUCAAAGCAGUUCGAACUCCACUCAAAUCGGCGUCGCACCCCAGGGGGCCGAAUAUGUGGUUACGCCCCAUGCGUGCGAUCGGCGCACGUGCGUCCGCGUGCGUGUCUGCCCGGUACUGGCCGGUAGUGAGAGAGUGACGUCACAGGUGCCACGCCACCGCCCGCUAGCUGCGGGGGUGUUCAGACAGGUGGCCGACCUGCGCAGAGGCCUCGCCUCUCCGCACGUGCACCGCCGCCGAAUUAGCUAUCACUGCCAUGUGUCCCACACCGGUCACUGCCACCAAGCACGGCGUGUUGGAUGGCAUAUCACAGGGUGAAUAGGAAACCGUGUGACCUGCGUUAGACAAAGUGUUGUCUCUGGCUUCGUUGAAUCCCGACUGAUGGUGCUUUGUCGAGUCUUCGUAAGAGUUGUAGCCCCUCGUAAGACAGGCAUUGAACAUAUGCGGAACCUGAAGCACUUAGAGCCGUCGACCUCAGUUGUAUCGUUGGAUGGCGCAUCAUGCUUCCUUAUCUUCUGUCAGAUAAUUCAAUACAAUGAAAAUCUUCA